AUGGCCUUCCGUGAAAGUCUCUGGCUCAGAGGUGGAACCACCGAGGGCACCUGUCAGGAUUGCCGGAAACAUGUUCAUCACAUGUUCAUCCUAGCCAUUACUCCUUCUUGGCAGCGGCGACAGACUUCUGCAGGCUGGUUUGCGUCCGGACUCUCGUGGUCUGACGGCAUCGCAGCGGGAGGGCUGCUUGGAGACAUAGAGCUUUUCGUCGCAGUUGCCAUCCAGUGCGAGUUUUCCUACACGAAAAGGUGCAUAGGAAUCGGAGCAGUUGGUGUGCAGCGGAAAGCAACAGCGAGGUGA